AUACAGUUUGGGUGUCCGCAUAUAUUUGGGCAUGAAAUGCAGGUGUAGAGUUACUUGUAAAAGGUAGGAUGGUUUUUUUCUGUAAUGUGGUGAAGCUGAACGACACAGCACAUGCAGUACAUGUUCAUGAAUGCAAUUCUGAGAAGGUGAGAAAAAAAAGGAGAUCAGCAAUAUUCCCUAAAUAAACCCACAAAUACAGGCUCUUUGCAGGAACUGAAUAUGGCUGUUUUUCUCUGUGUGCUGUGCUAGGUAUGUGCAAGAGAGCAACAAGGAAGCAGAACAAGGAGUCAUAAGACAAGUUGAGAAAAUCAGUUGCACAACUCGAAUCGAGAUUAUUUUGCAUCAGAUUUAUAUCUGAGUCUCUUUUCAUUUGAUGAGGACAGCGCUGAAUAGAAUCCACUGUUCUCUCUGUUAACAGUGCCUCAAAGAAUUCCAGAAAGGGCAAAGGGAAUUCAGCUGGAGGUGAGCCGGUCACAGCAAACACAUGAGGCUCCCUGUCACAUGCUCCCAGUACAUUCAUUAACACACAGUGUUCUUUUCCCCAUGUGUAAAUGGCAGCAGAGACAUUUGCAGGCUUUAAAGUGGAAGAGCUGAAAGACAACAGGGCAUACCUGUGCGGUAAAAUGAAGGGCAGGCAGUAAUGGCAGGGUGAUAUAAAGAAAAUCCCAUUACAAGUGGAUGUGACUAAAUCUGUUAACUAAACAAUAUUUAGGCUGUAGAACAAAAACGCUUCACAAUAAAAGCCAUGACUUAAAACAACAUCAAACUGGACCAAAAUAUAAAUAAAGAAAAAUACGUUGUUUAUGUAAUGAGCAUGUACUUCGGUCUAGAAAUAGGACACUUUUACUUUUUUGAGCAAGAACAAUGUGGGAAUAUGAGUGAAGUUGUUUUAAAGAGUAUUCUGGCUACAUGGGCGGUCAACUUGAAACCCCUCUGGGAACUUUUACAGUUAAGUUGAAGCAUAAGUUACAUUUGAAUAUAAUUGUCACCGAGAAACAAAAACCACAUGUAUUGAAUCACCAGUCAAAUCUCAUUAAACAUAAAAGGCCUAUGAAGAUUGGUUGCCGCCCCCCUAAACAAGGUUUUAAAACCUCUUUCUGCUGAACCCCUUCAGUGCUCUCUGUCCUGACUAAUGUCUCUCAAGCUGCUAUAGAUCGCGGGCAGCUGAAGAUGAACAAAUCUCUGUGUUACUGUUGUUAGAGCCGGUGUCCUGGAGUAGGGGGACGCAGUUUGGAACUGGCAACCUGCUGGGGGGUCACUGAGAUAAGAUUCAGCACAUGCUGUAAGCUACGUGUGGGGUGUGCCAUGCGGGCUAUCCAGCUGUGAGCGCAGUCCCGCCCAUUCAUCGAAAGCGCCCGGGGGUCGCGCAGAAUCUGAUUUGGAUUGACCGAGCUGUCAUCCAAUGAAAGCGCGUCAAAGCGUGACUCACCCCUUUUCUUUUCCAAUGGAAGUGGGCCGGAGAGGCGGAUCAGAGGAAGCAAACUUGGUUGAAUGACCAUUAAAGCAGCAAUCAGCGGUAAAUAUGUUAUGAUGCCACGCUCCAAACGCACACCGAGCGGAUUGUCCGAGGCGCCGGAAGCGCACUUUUGCACCGGUUAGUCACUUUGCGAAAUGGCCGUGCGCAGGAGGAGUGUCGCUGCAAACCAAGUCGGGGGGUGGGGGGGUCGCUCUUCAGGGAUUUGAACAGUGAUGGGCAGCUGUUGGACAUUGAUUUGGCGCAGCGGCUGACGGUGAAUUGAACAGUGCGGUAACGCGGGUUUGUUUUUUUAACCAUGGACGGAGAAGCUGUCUUUUGUGGCUGUCAGACGAGGAGAAGGAGGAGGAGCGGCUGAGUUCUCCUCUCUGCUCAGUGCAAGUGUGAGAGAAUCGUGAUGCUGAUUUUUGGCCAAACGUGAGGCUCCCCCGCCGCUGCCGAGCAGGCUUCAAUGUUCGCUCAGUACAGGUGCAUCAGGAUUUAAGUGGACGUGAUCAGAGCCGUCACCAUGGCAUUCACCUUCAUAUCGCAUCCCACCUCCGUCUUUUCCGCCUGCAAACCGCUGACAAGGAUACGGGAAACGUGUCUGCACAUAUAACGGAUUCGAAUUGGCCAAUUGAUGCUGCUGCUUGCGCUAUGAUCUCUGGGGAACUAUCCGAGUUGUGUAAUGGUUUUAUUCCAUUUGCAGCGCGUGCCCUGCAACCUCCGUGGAUGAUGGCUAAUUGGGCCCAAUGAUGUAGAGCCAAAUCCACCUGGAUCUAAUGUUCCCUCCUCUCGUGGCUCCCCUGUGACUUUUUGCGCAUGUUCAAUUGUUUUUUUAAAUUCCCAGAGCUUUUCACUACUCUCGGCUAUUGCUUUUGGUGAUUUCAUUUUAUUUGUAAAGGCUUUUAAGGACGACUGUUUGCUUCUGAAAGUGGCGAUUAAACUGACUGCUAACUUUACAUUUUACAUUCAAAGCCCUCAGGCUGUCUGAAGCGUGAUCAGCUAUGGAAAGUUCAGCUAAUAAAAGACAUUUAAUGCGCCUCAUCCUUGGGACUAAAUAGUUCCCUUCCCUCUUUAAGUGGAACAAAACUUCUUUUUCCCUCCCCUGUCUCUUAUAGGCUGUUUGUUUAGAUAACAUUCUGUCACUGCAUCCACUUUUCCACUAUGUCCAGAUCAAACAGUGUCAGCCCACCCGGAGUCGGUGCGCCCGGGUUGAGGGGAGGGACCGAGCACAGAUCAGCUUGGGGAGAGUCUCAGUCUGUGGCCAACGGAUGCCCAUACUCAGCCAGAUCUCCGCGCAGAAAGCUCACCCGGACCAACAGCCGGUGGACGGAGGAGGAUGAUCUGGACCACCGGCCGCCCGGGCGAGCCUCCACGACCGUCAGCAGGGUCAGCUUCAGGUCCAGGUCGGCUUGGCAGGACCAUGGAGAGGAGAGCCGAGACAACAACCGCGCGUCCUCUAAACGUCCUGACGGCGAGGUGAGACCCAAGUCCGUGGAGCUGGGUCUGGAAGAGCGGAGAGCCAAGCCGAGGACCGACGAGGAAGAGGUCAUGCCCGAAGUAAACUUUUCCUUCGUGGCGUGCUGCACCAGCGUCAUGCACAUUUUCAAAUCCAAAAAAUUCCAGUCGGAGAAGUUGGAGCGGCUCUACCAGCGCUACUUUUUCCGUCUCAACCAGAGCAGCUUGACUAUGCUCAUGGGCGUACUUGUGCUGGUGUACACGGUCAUGUUGGGCUUUCACUGCUCCGGUGGGAGAUCGGGACCGAACGUAGCGUACGUGGUGGUAUUUUCUGUGGCCAUCUUCCUCACGCUCGUGCUCAUGGUAAUCUGCAACAGGAACGGAUUUCACCAGGACCACAUGUGGGUCGUGUGCUAUGUGGUCAUCCUGAUGGUGUUGGUGAUCCAGGUGAUCGGAGUACUGCUCGUACGGCCCAGAAGUGCCUCGGAGGGGAUCUGGUGGACCGUGUUCUUCAUCCAUGUCAUCUACACUCUGCUUCCCGUCAGGAUGCGCGCUGCGGUCAUCACUGGAGUUAUUCUUUCCGCCAUCCACGUGGCCAUUUCUUGGAUGUUAAACGAAACGGACAGCUUUCUGUGGAAACAGAUAGUAUCCAAUGUGCUGAUCUUUUCCUGCACCAACAUCGUGGGCGUGUGCACCCAUUACCCUGCUGAGGGUUCCCAGAGGCAGGCCUUUCAGGAGACCAGGGAAUGCAUCCAGGCUCGCCUCCACUCCCAGAGGGAAAAUCAGCAGCAGGAACGUCUGCUGCUCUCAGUGCUUCCUCGCCAUGUUGCCAUGGAGAUGAAAGCUGACAUAAACGCCAAGCAGGAAGACAUGAUGUUUCACAAGAUCUACAUCCAAAAGCACGACAACGUCAGCAUCUUAUUUGCAGACAUUGAGGGUUUCACCAGUCUGGCAUCGCAGUGCACUGCACAGGAGCUGGUGAUGACUCUCAAUGAACUGUUCGCCCGCUUUGACAAGUUGGCAGCGGAGAACCACUGUCUGCGGAUCAAGAUUUUGGGAGACUGCUACUACUGCGUGUCUGGUCUGCCGGAGGCGAGGGCCGACCACGCCCACUGCUGUGUGGAGAUGGGGCUGGACAUGAUAGAGGCUAUCUCGCUGGUACGGGAGGUGACUGGGGUAAACGUCAACAUGCGAGUGGGCAUCCACAGUGGCAGAGUGCACUGUGGGGUGCUGGGGCUCAGGAAGUGGCAGUUUGAUGUCUGGUCCAACGAUGUCACGCUAGCAAAUCAGAUGGAAGCUGGGGGCAAAGCAGGGCGCAUCCAUAUAACUAAAGCCACUCUGAAUUACCUGAAUGGGGACUAUGAUGUGGAACCGGGAACAGGAGGAGAAAGAAAUGCCUACCUGAAGAAGCACAACAUAGAAACCUACCUCAUUGUGGGCUGCAGUCAGAAAAGGAAAGAGGAAAAGGCCAUGAUUGCCAAGAUGAACCGGCAGAGGACCAACUCUGUCACCCACAACAGCGGACACUGGACCGACCGUCCCUUUUACAACCAUUUAGGUGGAAACCAGAUCUCCAAAGAUUUGAAGAGGAUGGGCUUUGAAGACCCCAAAGACAAGCAUUUUAUUUUCAGAAACACACAGGAAAACCUAAACCCAGAGGACGAGGUGGAUGAGUUUCUGGGCCGGGCCAUCGACGCGCGCAGCAUCGACCGUCUGCGCUCGGAACACGUCAAGAAAUUCCUGCUCACCUUCAGAGAGCCUGACCUGGAGAAAAAGUACUCCAAACAGGUGGACUCCAGGUUUGGGGCUUAUGUGGCCUGCGCCUCCCUCGUCUUUCUCUUCAUCUGCUUCAUUCAGAUUGUCAUCGUGCCACCCUCCAGACUGAUGAUCGGCUUCUUCAUCACCUGUCUCAUUAUCCUGACGGCUGUUAUGUUCGUCUCAGCUGUGUACUGCUGUUUUGGGAUCUUCCCAGUGCCUCUGCAGACACUCUCUAAGAGAAUAGUUCAGUCUAGACUAAACAGCACCCUGGUUGGUGUUUUCACCAUCAUCAUCGUCUUUCUUUCUGCUUUCGUCAACAUUUUCACCUGCAGCAGCCAUGACCUGUGGAGUUGUAUCAAAGCACAGCACAACAUCAGCCUGGACAGCGUCAAUGCCUGCCAUGCUUACUUCCUCAACUACAGCCUGGACACACAACACAGCCCCUGUGGACAUGAUGGCCUCAUCUGCAGCUUUCCUGAGUACUUCUCGUCCUGCGUGCUGCUGAGCCUGCUGGCCUGUUCCGUCUUCCUGCAGGUCAGCAGCAUCGGUAAGCUCUUCCUCAUGCUCUUUAUCGAACUGCUUUACCUUCUCAUCAUGGAGGUGCCCAAAGUGAGCCUCUUUGACAACCAGGACCUGCUGGUCAUGGCUAAUGCCAUCAACAACACUGAGCCCAUGAAUGGAACAAGGUGUGGAGUAGACAAGGUGCCUCUAAAGAUCAUGACUCCAGUGGUGAUCACAGUCUUCGUCCUUGCCCUGUACCUUCACGCCCAGCAGGUGGAGUCAACAGCAAGGCUUGACUUCCUGUGGAAACUGCAGGCCACAGAGGAAAAGGAGGAGAUGGAGGAAUUGCAGGCCUACAACCGCCGUCUGCUCCACAACAUCCUUCCCAAAGACGUGGCUGCUCACUUCCUGCAGCGGGAACGUCGGAACGAUGAGCUCUACUACCAGUCGUGCGAGUGUGUUGCAGUUAUGUUUGCCUCUAUUAGUAACUUUUCCGAGUUCUACGUAGAGUUGGAGGCCAACAACGAGGGAGUGGAGUGCCUGCGACUGCUUAAUGAAAUCAUCGCCGACUUUGAUGAGAUCAUCAGUGAGGAUCAGUUCCGCCAGCUGGAGAAGAUCAAGACUAUCGGCUCCACAUACAUGGCAGCCUCCGGCCUCAAUGACUCCACGUAUGACAAGGUCGGGCGGUCACACAUCCGUGCUCUCGCUGACUACGCCAUGAGGCUGAUGGACCAGAUGAAAUACAUCAAUGAACACUCCUUUAACAACUUCAAGAUGAAAAUAGGUCUUAACAUCGGCCCGGUGGUGGCUGGGGUGAUCGGGGCCAGGAAACCUCAGUACGACAUCUGGGGGAACACUGUAAAUGUGGCGAGUCGCAUGGACAGCACAGGUGUACCAGAGAGAAUCCAGGUGACCCCAGAACUGCACCAGGUACUGAGCUCUUAUAACUACACACUGGAAUACAGAGGAGUGGUCACAGUCAAGGGCAAAGGAGAGAUGAUGACCUACUUUCUCACCAGUGGACCUUCCAGCAGUUAACCCACACUAAGUGACAGACACAUAGGGGGUUACAUGCCUUACGACAUAAAAAGCGGGCUUAGGGUGGACUGAGAUUGACCUUUUCUCACAGCACUGAACCCUUCUCAAACCUGAGGCCAUAAAGGAUGAGGAAAAUUUUCAUCCCAACGCCAAGCCUGUGGGGGAGCCGAUGAGUCGGAGAAGCCUUGCUACGAAUCAGCCGUUGAGACCAAAGAUGUCCAGUCAGAGCAUAAAGACAGAUUGUUGGCCAGCUGUGCGAGUCUGGGUCCUGAAGGAAAAAUGGUCAAUAAGAAAUUUGAUUUGCUUCAAUCAGCCGUAAUUUUCCGAUGGGUUUUUGGACAAAUCUGCGGGAGGACAUAAGCUGCAUUACCUCUUCUCUUUCGCUCUGCCUUGCUCCUGCUGAAGUAUAUACAGUAUGUACAUGUAAAACACAGACAGUUUUAUGUGUAUGUACAGAAUUUCACGUAUGGUUUGUAAAACCUUUGGUCCAUGUUGUGAUGCAGGUAUAAAUCUCUCAAGUAUGGACACUAAGCCAGCACUGCAGCACUAUCCGUCCUUGCGUCAUUAUCUAAUCACAUCGGUAACUAAGAGAUUCAUGGAGGAGAUGGUCUUUAUUGCUGAAGCGUGUGUCCUACAGGUAACCGGGUUUUCUGAGAUUAUAUGAAUUUCCUUUUAUAACAGAAAGAAAACGCUGCACAGUGUUUACAGAAAGCUUCCCGCCAGAUGUGCAAUAUCACAACCUCAGUAGUAUCAACUGCAUAUAUAUAUAUAUAUAUAUAUACACAUAUAUAUAUAUAUAUAUAUAUGUAUAUAUUCACAAACACAUAAAACAAAGAGGAUGUCAGCAAAGAGCUUUUUCUAAUCUUCAACAUUUUCUAUUUUAACUUCAGAACACAAACCCUAUGAGAUAUAUUAAGAUUCUAUAUUUUGUACAUGAAUAUAUAUAUUAUACAUAUUCAGAUGUACAUACUGUAUAAUUCAUGUUGGGAUUUCAGAAGUCCUCACUGGUGUUGCCUGAUGUUAGCACUGCGUCACAGCUGAUGUACCGUUUAGCUUCAGCCCCCCAAAUGGCCUCUUUUCUUGCCCUUUUCUCACAGCGAAAAGCGAGUUUUAAAACCGAGCAAGGCGGUACAUUGAAUGACGGACUAGAGGACGGAAAUGCAUCAGCCUUGGUGCUCAAAAGCCAUUUCUUUUUGCACUCCAGUGCUUUCAGCCGUCCACCUUGUUGUGCUCUGCUCCCACAGCUCCCCACUCGCUCGCUCAAUCAGAUGGUACGACCCAAUGAAUGUCCGAUGAUCUCCGAUGAGGCCUUUAACAUGGACUCUGUACUGACGACGGUGAUGAUGCUCAUCCUGUGGACAGGGACAGAUAAGCACAUGUGGACAUGUGCCCAAUUAUCUGCUGUUUUCUUUCCUUAACAGAGCAGUUCUCUUCAGUAUUACAUCUUUAUUCAGCGUGUCAUCAGACAAACUGACCUGGCUGUCUCAUGGACUCGAGUGAUUUUUAAUGAUGAUGUUACCAAAUACUUCACCCGGUUUGGUUUGUUUUGUCACAGGAAUAAGUAAAUGGACAGAAAAAUGUUUUCACCUGAGAAUACUGAAUCCAGGAAGCUUUAGAACCAAGUUUAAAGGAUAAGGCUAGAAGACUGUAUAUAAAAGAUGGACGUAGGCAUGCGUGACGUCACCCAUUGGUUUGUGAAGUAUUGUUAAGCCUUGAGCUAACAGUUUAGAGGUCACUGGGGGUGGAUCUGACUUAGAAACACAGCAUGCUCAUCUGGUAGCUACUUGUCAAUCGCAAGGAAGACACCCUAAAUAAUGCUCUGCUUUGUUCUCUUAUUUGACAGUCAAUAGUCAAUAUCAUGCUGUAUUUAAACACUUGGAGCUAGCAAUCAAGACAAACUAAUUAGGAAAACGCUUACAGAGGUCAUAGAUAACUGGAGCCUAGUGGGUGUCCGUCCAGAUUUCUUCUUCCAGAAAAAUCAAACUUGUUUUAGUAAUCAGAGGAGUCGCCCCCUGCUGGCUUUCAAAUGCAUGUUUAAGGCACUUAAACUGCAUUGGCUUCUAUUUUCAGACUUGUGCAGCUAAGCUAUGUCCAUAUUUUAUAUAGAGUCGUAUUAUUAUAACUGUCAACUGAUCUCAUGAAAAGAGCAAAAUUAACAUUUAAAGUAAUGCCUGCAAUAUUCUCUCCACUUGCAUCUUGUGAAAACAAACUGAAUUUGUGCGUGAAGUUAUUUAAAACAUAUUUGGUAUGCUAUGCAGAUCAGUAUUUACUUCACUGCGAUGUUGUAUGUAUUAAGUGGACUCAAAAUGAACUGGAGUCUAUGGACUUCUAUCUGAAUAACUAGCCUCAGGUUCUAUUUAAAUCCUGCAUAUUAAUAAAUGUAUUAAUUUUAAACUGCUGUCAGAAAUUAAUUAAUCUGGACACUUUCCAUUACAAAAAUAUUAAUAAAUGGAUAGUUGAACUUAAAAAGAUUACUUAAACUAACAGAAAUGUGUUGUCAAAUUCCAGCCAAUCAGAGCCCUUCUACAACUCAGUGGGCAGAUUUUCAGUUUUUAGGAAACUAUAAAUGUUUAAGAGGGAGUCCGAUAUUGUUGGCAGUCCCAGCAAUAAAUGUAAUUACAAAAGUCCAACUUAAAAGAUUAAACAAUAUUUCUAUUUUUUUUUUUUUAAGUCAGGAGGAGAGAAACAGUUAGUUAGCACUAAUAUUUCAUCAUGGAGUAACACAUGCAAAUGAAACAAUUUAUUAAACAAGUUAGACUUGUUUCACUCUAUUACAUUAUUUUAAUUCGACGCUCAGUAAGUGCCCAUGAUGACUAUAUAUAUGGAAUAACUGCCUCCCUAAUUGUUGCUUUUGAACAACAUCAGAAUUUAGUCCACUGGAAAUUUGGUCUUUUCAUGCGAUUUUGUUGACAGUAAAAAUAUUAACACUAGCCUUAUCCUUUGAAUUUCAUUCCUGUUUAAAGAGUAAAUGGCACUAUGAUUCUGAGCCUGUGGAAUGAAGGGGAAAAACCUGCACUGGUCUUCUCUGGCGUUUUUUUGUUUGUUUGUUUUUUUAAUCUUUGUUAAUGUACUGUACUGCUGCAACCAUUAUCUUCACACACCCCUGCUAAAACCUAUAGGUGUCAUUCCAUAUGAUUCCAUUUGAAUGCACUGCCAUUCUACACCCACGUCACCCCCCUCUUUCUACUGUUCAUUCUGCAUGAAUGUGCCAUUAGAGAACACGAGGGGCUUGGAGAGGCACAGACCAGAGAUGAGGGGCGUAGCUAUGAGGUGCCCGAGUGGAUCCAUCUUUACAAAGUACAGCAUUCUCAUUCGCUUUUCAUUUGACACGAGGUGGCCGUGUCUGUGACACAAAUGGCUUCAGAGACAAAACUGUGGAUUGUUUUUGUUGCCAUGCUAAACAUUAUGCUGUUUUUUAUAGUAAAAUAAACUGCUGAGAGGUUUCACAGGUA